AUGGUGUUGGGCAUUCUUACUGCGAUUGCCGCGUGUCCCGCAAUUAUAGGUACGACUGAAGCAGUGCGCCAAGGCCAAAAGCAGAAUGCAAAAGAAAAGCAUCGGGGCUUGAAGACAAAUCUUAUCGUGAACUGUUCUCGAUUCUCGGAGGACGGGAGGGAAGUUGAUGGAUGCGAAAUAGUUCUAAGCAGCAAUAAGGUGCGAUGGCCCCCGAAUGUCUCAACGAGGAUCAACCCAUUUUGGUUGUACCUCGCCAUGUCAACAGAGGAAUAUCCAGACGGCUGCCCCGAGGAUCACCCUUUCGCAGGUUAUUUUCUCCCGUUUCCAGACAAGAAUUGGGGUAGGCUUGGAGAGGGCUUUGUCUCCACCAUCUCAGACGACCCUCCACAGCUAAAUUGGAUAUACGUCGAUCAAGAUACCCAUGAGGUCAAGCAUGGGAAUCGUGAGGAAUCUGAACCGCAUCUUGUGGGCCCUUGGGAUGUCACCAAGAUGGAUAGGAGGGUCACCUUCGAGGGCUGGGAAGGAUUUAUGGCAGUCAAAUAUGGGCCUGGGGAGUGGGCACUUUAUUUUGAUAGAGAUGACAAUGGGCUAGAAGGCAUACUUGCUCCGGAGAUGGUAAGGGAGGAGGUUGUGUUGGGGGUAUUCCUUUCCCAACAAAACCUGCCGACGCCUUUACUCAAGCUGUCGUCUCACUGCGUCCCCUUCCAUAUAAAGGGUGAAAGGUUGGCUGCGAUGCCUUCAUACCUUGCAAGGUUUGCUCCCGAACUUUUUCUUGCCGUUAUCCUAGCUCCAACUAACAUUUCUCUCACUAUUCGUUUAAUGUUAACUCUUACUGCUUUUGUGAACUUUUGUUUGUCUUUACUUGUCGGAAUAUCUUCCAACGUGGCAUGCUCUGCAUGCAAUGGUAUUAGAAGCGAAGUCGAAGCGAAAUCGAGAAGCGAUCAUGCAGGCCUGUUGUGCACUGUGAGCCCUCUUAGGAAACUAACUCGGCAUAUGGCAUAUGACAACACUUGUGAUAGAGGGCUUCUACCACCUAGGUAUUUCCCUGAGCGCCUCCGCCGUCAAGCGUCCCGCGUCUUUCUACGCCUCACGGUCAAUUUAAUAGCAGUGAAGAGUAGAGCCUCUUGCUCAAACCAAUCUAGUUGGAUGUACAUUUUGAACGAUACGGUGAUUCAUAAUUCUGAGGUUUUGGUUGGUGAGCAGACUAUGCGAAUCCAGGAUCUUGGACUGAAAAGAAAUUUUUAA